UGUGUGCCCGCUGCCGGAAGUGGCCCUGCGGGGGGCAGGCACUAAAGGGUCAGAGAUCAACUGAGCGGCGGGCGUUCGAUUGAGGUUGAGGAUCCCGCGCCCAGCGCUUCAGAUCUCCUGAUGACAGGGUGCAGCCCUGUGUUUGCCAUGCAGCACGUCGUGGGUGUGUCCCCCAUACUGGUGCGGAGAGGCCUCCUUGGAAAGGACCUCUUUAUGACCAGGACUCUCUGCAGCCCAGGCCCCAGCCAGCCCAAAGAGAAAAGACCUGAAGAGGUGGCCCUUGGGCUUUACCACCGCCUCACAGCCCUGGGAGGAGUCCUGGGGCACAGUAUUCGGCAACAAACAUCCUCCACGGCCAAGGCUUGGUGGGACAGAUAUGAAGAGUUUGUUGGACUCAGUGAGGUUCGAGAGGCCCAGGGAAAUGUGACUGAGGCAGAAAAAGUGUUCAUGGUGGCUCGUGGACUUGUCCGGGAGGCUCGGGAGGACUUGGAGGGUCAACAGGCCAAGCUGAAGGAGGUGAGGGACCGUUUGGACCGCAUCUCUAGAGACGAUAACCAGUAUCUGGAACUGGCUACUCUGGAGCACAGGAUGCUGCAGGAGGAGAAGAGGCUGCGCAUGACCUAUCUGCGUGCCGAAGACUCUGAGCGAGAGAAGUUCUCCCUCUUCUCUGCAGCUGUGCGGGAAAGUCAUGAGAAGGAGCGCACUCGGGCUGAGAGGACCAAGAACUGGUCCCUCAUUGGGUCAGUCCUGGGGGCCCUGAUUGGUGUGGCUGGCUCCACCUAUGUGAACCGUGUGCGGUUACAGGAGCUGAAGGCCUUGCUUCUGGAGGCUCAGAAAGGGCCUGUGAGCCUCCAGGAGGCCAUUCGAGAACAGGCAUCCAGCUACUCCCUCCAGCAGAGGGACCUCCGUGACCUCAUGGCGGACUUGAGGGGCCUGGUGCAAGCCGGGCCUGGGCAGAGCUCUUUGUCCCAGGCAGGUACUUCACCUACCCAUGACAGAGACACAGGUGUCCUUUCAGCUACCCUGAAAGAGCAGCUCAGCCAUUCCAGGCAGGUCCAUUCAUGUCUAGAAGCUUUACGAGAGCAACUUGAUGGCCUGGAAAAGACUUUCAGCCAAAUGGCUGGGGUGGUUCAGCUUGCAAAGGCUGCAGCGCAUCCAGGCAUGGCGGAGCCAGGAGAUGGGGCUCUGCCUGGCUCCUUGCUGGAACAGGGGAGCGUGAUCUUGGCGCUGUCGGACACGGAGCAGAGGCUACAAGCCCAGGUCAACAGGAACACCAUCUAUGGCACACUGGUCACCUGCAUGACAUUUGUGGCCGUCCUGCCUGUGCUUUAUACACUGUUCAGGGCCAGCUAGCCCCUGGACGCUUUUCCAGAGGGUCUGAAGAAAUAGGUAUGGAUGUGGAUUUAAUUAGAGAAUGAAGCAGUUAAACUGAGCCUUUGGGGGUGCACUCAGCCUGAGGCUGAGUCCGAGCACUGUCUGUGUGGCUUACCAGCAGAUACACUUUGCUUUUUAGGCAGCACUCAUUUACAUUAACUGUCAAAAAUUUGUGCUAACGUCCAAUUAAAAUGUGUUUGGGGUUUAUUAUUUAAAA